AUGGCCUACGAUCGUUACUUAGCCAUCUGCCAUCCCCUGACGUAUGCCACUGCCAUGGGGAGAUGGCGCCAGUUCCAGCUUGCUUCAGCCUGUUGGGUAAGUGGCUUUUGUGUUGCCAUAGUAGGUGUGAGCCUCACUUUUAGCCACCCCCUCUGUGGUCCUUGCUGCAUCAACCAUUUUGUCUGUGAGAUACCAGUAGUGUUGAAACUAGCAUGCGAUGACACCCACACCACAGAAUUCAUCGUUUUUCUGUUUGCAGUGAUCGUCAUCCUGGUACCCUUUUCCGUUAUCUUGAUCUCCUAUGGGCUGAUUUUGCUUUCUGUGUUCCACAUGCGGUCAGCCACUGGACUGCGCAAGGCCUUCUCUACAUGUGGCUCCCAUUUAGUGGUGGUCACCUUGUUCUAUGGCACAAUGACUGUUACCUAUAUCAUACCUGAGUCAGGAAGAUCUCCUGAUACUGACAAGCAAAUUGCAAUAUUUUAUUUUGUGAUCACCCCGCUUCUAAACCCAGUCAUUUACAGUCUUCGGAACAAAGAUGUCCAUGAGGCACUCGCCAAGAUGCUGCAAAAGAUUGGGCUUUGCAAAGAAAAAUUGAGUGUUAACAUUGGUCCAAAGGCUCACUAG